AAUGGAGAAUUUUCAAAUUAGUUAGAAAUCAAGUAGUCGUUGCCAGAUGUCAAAUAUUUGUCAGGCAUAAAGAAACCGUAUAUCAAACAUUACAGUUUUGAACAUAUACAAAAUCGAAUCUACCUAAAAUUUAUUUAAAAAAGCAGAUAAAAUCCCAAAACUAAAAGUUAUAUAUUUCUACAAAAUGUCACAAUCCCAAACCCAAUCCCCUAAUCGCGCGGAGGAACAGCAGGACGACCUGAAACAAUGGCUAAAGGAGCAGCGCAUCGUGUUGGACAUGCGAACUCGGCGUUUUUUCUCCGAUGUUUUGCCAGUGGCUAAGAUUAUCAAGCAAUGCCAUCCUCGUCUGGUGGAUCUGCACAACUAUACGCCCAAGUGUAGUGUGGCACUGAAGCUCCAGAGUUGGGAGACCUUCAGCAACAAGGUUCUGAAGAAGUUGGGCAUUCAUAUGCCUCGUUCUGGCCUGGAGCAACUGGCUUCUGCCGCACCAGGAGCCAUAGAAUCGCUGUUCCAGGAACUGAUUGCAGUGAUCAAGUGUGGUAGCCCCAGGCCAAGUCCCAUGCGGAGUGUUUCGCCAACGCCUUCUCACAAAAGCGAGGUAGUUGGCAGAGUGGCCAAUAAGGAUUCCCUUAAACGCACUCUCAAUCGCUCCCUCACUCAAAUAAUCGAACGCUCUUCCUCGGGUGAUAUUAAACCCAAAGUUCUGACCAUGAACGUGGAUGUCCUGGUUAAUGGACAGCUCAAGAAGGUGGCCAAGAAACUAGUGGAGUACGACCACUAUGCGAAAGUUGUUAAAAAGAGUGCCGAGAAGUCCAACUACAUAACCUCAAUCCUCCAAAAAACCGACUAUCUGCAGAGUAUUAUCGCCGUAAAGGAGGAGCGUAUAUCAGAGUUAAUGGAUCAACUGGCAAAACUAUCGGUGAGCAUUCUUUCCAUGCGACCGACGCUCAGCGAUAACGAUGACGAUACUAGGAUCAGUAUAAAUUCCCAUACCCCCAUUAACAACGCCUCAGAGCCCUACUUCGAGUACUCCAACUAA